AUGAACAACAAAUCUGCAGAAGAACAUGAUCAAAUCAUUCGCUCAAACAAGAAACCUAAAAGGAAGAUUAAUCAUUUAAUCUUCCAUAGUCAAACAGAUGAAGAAAUGCAUGAUGCUCAAGGAAAAGAGGAUGACAGCAUUACGGAGGUUCACAAAGAAGGUCUGGUAGCCAGGAAUGUCCCUGAGUCGCAUUCUUUCAGGGAAAUACUUCAAGGCACUAUUCGAGAUGCUUCUCGAAUCAAUACUGAGACAGAGGAAAUUGAUAUUGAUAUAGAGGAUGUUUCUGAUGAUGAAGCAAUUCCAGAGGACAUCCUUAAGGAUGAACGUUGUCCUGUGAUUCAAUUGACCAAGGAAGAGAAGGCGAGACUCAAGCAACCAUGGAUGAAUUCUUUAAUCAUCAAACUCUUCAGUGGCAGGAUCGACUAUAUGGGAUUGAUGAGAAGACACAAGAAAAAAUGGAACAUCAAAGGGGAACUAGCUCUCACUGACAUAGGCUGUAAUUAUUAUAUUGCCAGAUUCUCCAAUCAGGUUGAUUAUAAUUAUGUGCUCACUCAAGGACCAUGGAUGCUUGAUGACAACUACCUCACAAUUAGAAAAUGGGUGCCCAAUUUUUUGCCAGAUGAAUCUCCUAUUAAAGUGCUCACAGCCUCGGUUCGCAUACCCAAUUUACCAGUGGAGUACUUUGAUAUCAAUUUUCUCAACAAAGUCGGGUCUAAGAUUGGCAAGGUAUUGCGUGUUGAUAAAACCACUACACAAGCAGAACGUGGGCAAUUUACUAGACUCAGUGUGGAGAUUGAUUUAUCUAAACCGUUAUUGUCAAAAUUCUGGUUGAAAGGUAGAAUUUGGAGGAUUCAGUAUGAAGUACAAAAGCCAGAGGAGAAGGAAGACUUCGAGUCAUGGAUGUUGGUUAAAAAACCGACCCGAAAAAAACCCGGUAAAAGUGCUAAUGGACCAGAUGAGGCUGCUAACGUCUUGCCUGGUGGUUCAGCAGGCCAGGAUAAGGGUGGUGCUGGUGGAGAACAACCGCGAGUUGAAAUAGGAAAUAUACUCCGGAAGACUGAUGUUGGCAAAAAUCACGGGAAUGGCUCAAGAUUCUUUGCACUUGAGAUAGAAACUAUUGCGCUUGAUAAGGAACAGAAUAUGGAAGUGGAAGAUAUGGUUGACUCCCCAAAAGAUAGAGAGGGUACUAUUUUUUCAUCUAUUAACCUGGGUGAAAAUUCUCAACAGAACAAAUCCAAGGAUAAAUUCGUUCAUAAAGAUAAGGCAGGAAAAGCACUCAAGGAAAAGGAAAUUAAUUUCACUACGCCUGUUAUUAUAUCUAAUAGUAACACGAGCCAAGGCAAAGAAAAUUUGGGGCCCUAUUUCGAAGCUAAUCACCACGCCACUUCACAAGCUAACCAAGGACCUGAGAAGCCAGAACAAGUCAUCCUUACGCAAGAUACCUCUGUUAAUCAUGUUUCCAACUCCACACCUGAUCAUUCUGAGCAUCCCCCCGGAGAAAACCCUAUUUGUGGGACAUCCUAUGGAACACCCGUAUUUGAUGAUCUCAACACCAAUGACGCACAUGUUGGAGUUGAGCCUGGAUUCAUUCCUACCACCAAUCUCGAAGCCGAAGGAAUUGGUGGCUACAAUAAAAAUUCCAAGUGA